ACCCAAACGCUGGCGGUUUCGGUUUGUCCGAAUGAGUAAUUAUUAAUUCAUUAGCAAAUGUAUCGAUGAGCGAUUUAGCGCGUUUGUCUAAAUAAUUGUUAAACAAAAAGAGGGGAGCCCGAGAAGGUCAACUAGUUGCACAUAACUAACUACAAACAAGCCCGCAGUUUCGCACAAGCGUAUGUUUCCAAAAUUUGAUGAAAUGGACAUGUGAAGUGUUGGUUUACAAACGGCGCAAAGAUGAACAUCGGACUUGCACUCGCACUCUCCGCGACAAUUGCACUAGUCACAUCGCAGAUUUACUUUCCCACCGAGGAACUGGACCAGAUCUUCGAAUCUGCGACGAAAAAAAAUCAACCCCUUCGACCCAGUAGCGAUCACGAUGCCACCGAUCCGGAUUCGACAGUUUCAAACGCGAUAGCGAAGCUAACGUUGGACAUAAAUCGAGCGACGGGCAAAUUGCCCAAUUUAGCAUUCAGCCCCUAUAACAUUGCAGGUGUGCUCGCGCCCAUACUACUCGGAUCGAUCGGGCAAACUUCUGACGAGAUCUCAAACUUGCUGGGAUUCGACGAGAGAUUUAGGCUGAAGAAUGACAAUCUUGAAAUUCAUAGGCAACUGAGGCGAUUUUCCCAAAAAAUCGGAUUAAUUACCGGUUUCGGUGAUACAAUCGUGUACAAAAGCGUGAUUUUCGUACAGGAGGACUACCCGAUACGAAAGGAAUACGAACUGGCGGCCAAUUACUUUUACCAAACUAAGGUUUUGAAGGUAGACUUUCAAAGGAAUCCCGCUGCAGCGCAGACGUUUAUUAACACCUGGGUUGCGAAUAACACAUUUGGUAUUAUACCAACUUUAUUAGAGAGCACCCCCAGGCCGAGCACCAAGGCAGUCAUCGCAGGAACCUUAUAUUUCAAGGGAGCUUGGGACAAACCGUUUCUAAAAGGAGGUAGCACUUGGCGGCCUUUUUACACCAAUGGCCGAACAAGCAGAAGCACUAGCAAGGUGAUGAUGAUGUACAACGGUGGUGAGUUCCCCUACUACAAAUCGAAGGAUCUGCAAGUCGAGAUAUUGGGAUUACCGUACAAAGGUGGCAAUACAAUGUACGUCAUUCUUCCACAGGACUCGAAUAUAAACAAACUGCGCUAUUUGGAAAAUUACCUAACGCCGGUACAACUCCUCGCUCUGGUCAAUGCAACCAAACCCACAGAGGUGGUCGUAGCGUUCCCCAAAAUGCAAGUCUCCGCCACACUCCAUCUGGCACAAACGUUGCGAAAUUUGGGCGCGAGAUCGCUCUUCGAUCCAAACACCAGCAAUUUGGCAUUAAUUACACCGGGCUUUACGACACGAUUUGGAGGCGUUUACCAACCGAGACGGACGACAACGCAAUCGCCGCCAAACUGGAACAAUCAACUUAUUUUCGCGAGAUUCAACGAUCAAACAAGCUGCCAGCGCGUCUACGAUUUUAUUACGCGAAAAUACCGAUGCUACAGCGAAGUACGACGCCCGCGCGCCGCCCAAUCACAAUUCCCUCAAACCUCCCCGUUAGAUUUCUUAGACAGGCUGAAAGAAGACCAUCGACAAUUGAGCGCGAAUCCGCAACAGGCGAAUCCCGGUCUGUACGCAGAGGAAUUUAUCCACAAGACGUUCAUCGAUAUCACGGAGGAAGGGACGGAGGCCGUCGCUGCUAGUGGUAUCGGCAUUAACAGAUCAGGCGGUCAAGUGACGUUCCGAUGCGAUGUACCUUUCUUAUUUUUUAUAUAUCAAAAGGAAACGAAGAUGAUCUUGUUUUGGGGGUCAGUUACCAGUCCCGAGCCCAGUGCUCCCAGUGAUAGCAAAUAAUUGUAAUGAUCGUAUUAGGAAAAUAAAUAAUUUAUUUUGUCA